UUUUGUAUUACUUUUAUCUUGAAAAUAUGAAAGAGUUUCAAAAGUUAUUGUAUGCUUACUCUCCAGGGAGGAACGUAAAACAUAUAAAAACAGCAAACAGAUUUCAGUUCGGACUCCAAACGAAAGACUUUUCCAACAUUAUCAAGGUGCCAGGAUUGAAUAAUUCUCGGACAUCAUGUAUGUGAACACCAAGCUAACGUUGAUGGCACUAUUCCUGCUUCAGUUUGCAUACCUCACACAAACUCGCCAUAUCGUGAGUCGAUCGACGGACGAGGAUUGCACGGCGAAAAAUGUGACGAAAAACGCGGCGGCUUGUUUUCUAUCCAAGGAUUUCACGGAUAGGCUGGAUGGACUGAAAAUAAGUGUGGAGUUAGAGCACAAUCUUGAAUUAAAUCAUGUAGCGACCAUCGAAGAGAGUGGGAGUUUCUUCAGGUGGCAGGGUGCGUGGAACCCAUGCCCCUCCAGUAAAUGGGCUAUUUCGUAUCUCCUUGCUGAGGCCGUCAAAGGUACCACACAAUUCAAAGAGGAUUACUUGAACGUCCUUGGCCGAACAUCUAUAGGAACAUCUACAGAAAAAAUGAAUGUUCUCAUCAUUUCUGUCAAAUCACUAUUAUCUGAACUAAAAUGCGAGAUCAAAUCAAUGCUAGAGAAUUGUCCGCUGUUAUCCGGCUACCCAGAGUCUGAUAUCUCGAUGGUAAGCCUUAUUUCUUAA